UGAACUCGGACCUCAACUUUGUUGUCUUUUCACUCUGAAAAAGUAACGACGAACCUCCACUGCAGCACCGUUGUCACGGCAACAAUCAUCCACAAAACGCCGUCGUUUAAAGAAGCUACGGAGAUCCACUGCGAUAGUCGAUUGAAUUCCACGUCCUCGUACAACUAGAAGAAUCAGGUUCAAAUAUCAUCGCAAUUCGGGUAUCUUCAUUCCCUCCUAUUCAAAAUUGUGUCGCAGUAUCCUCAAUCGUUUCACCUUUAGCUUCAGUUUCCGGAUUCCUACAACUUAUAAUCGUUGCUCUGUUAUUUUAUUCGCAUGACUGUUGCAAAGGUUUCUGCUCAGUGUCUCGGUGCUCGGGUUUUGCUUUUGCAGUAGUCGUCAGAAUUGGGCAAUUGGAAAGAGGGUAAUAUUGAUUUGUGGGAGGGUUAGGGUUUUCACCAAGGUUUAAAGGAUUUAUAGGGUUUAUAUUGAAAGGGUAGCCAGUGGCAGUAGCAUUAAUGUGCUUUAGUUGUUCUGAAUUUGAUCCAAUUGAAAUUAGGGUGUCCUUUUGAUGAUGGUAGGUUGAGGAUGGUGAGGUUUUUAGGGUUGACUCUUGGUUAUGCUGAAGAACCCCGGGAAAUAGCAUCGAGGUCGAACCUGACCAGUGAUUCUGGUGAAAAUGGGUGGCUCAUUAGGUUCUUUGACUCGGCGUUCUUCUGCGAGUGGAUUGCUGUUAGCUACUUAUACAAGCAUGAUCAUGCCGGGGUGCGUGAUUAUCUCUGUAAUAGAAUGUAUACUCUUCCUUUGCAAGGUGUUGAGAGUUAUUUGUUCCAGAUAUGUUACAUGAUGAUACACAAGCCUAGUCCAUCCUUGGAUAAGUAUGUGAUAGAUGUGUGCUCGAAGUCACUUAAGAUUGCUUUGAAGGUGCAUUGGUUCUUGAUGGCAGAGCUUGAGGACUCUGAUGACAAUAACGGGAUUAGUAGGAUUCAGGAGAAAUGUCGGAUCGCUGCCACCUUGAUGGGUGAGUGGCCACCUCUAAUAAGGCCCCAAACUGAACCCCCGAGUCCGGGAGGCAAGAGCCAAGUUUUGAAUAGGUUAUUGUCGUCGAAAAAUCGCUUGUUGUCACUAACAUCCUCACCACCUUCUCAGAAGUCUUUAUCAUUUUCACCUUCCUCAGGAAACAAUGUACAAGAGGACGGCAAACCACUUUCUCCUGAUGAGAACAAGAUAUUUAAGAAGUUUAUGCCUAGCCCGAAGGUUAGAGAUGCUUUGCUUUUUCGAAAGUCAGUGGACAAAGACGAUGAUGGUUCAGAAAAGGAUGGUUUUUUUAAGAGGCUUUUGAGAGAUAGCAAAGGUGAUGAUGAGCUGGGCCAAAAAAUUCGUGAUUCAUUUCUGUUUAGGAAGUCAUCUGUGAAAGAUGAUGAAGACUCUGAAAAAGAUAAUUUCUUUAAAAGGUUUUUAAGGGACAGUAGAGGUGACGAUGACGACUCGGAAAAGGAUGGUUUCUUUCGAAGGCUCUUAAGGGACAGUAGAAGCGAAGAUGAAGACAUAGCUUCAAGUUCAGAGGGAUUAUUUAAGAGGUUGUUUCGUGAUAGCAAGAAUGAUUCUGAGGACAGAACACAUACUAAAACAAUAGAAGAUGAAGAUAAAGAGGGAUUUUUCCGAAAGUUUUUCCGGGAGAAAUCUGAAGAUAGGAAGGAUGGGAGUCAUAGGAAUGAUCACAGAGAUGUUGCUAAUUUUGAAGAGAAAUAUGCCAAACCUGCCGAAGAGGAUGAAAAAGAAGGUUUUUUUCGUAAAUUAUUUAAGGAUAAAUUUGAGGACAAGAAAGAUACAAAUGAUAAAAUUGAAGAGGGUACUGCCAAUGGUGAGGAAGAAGAGUCUUCUGAGUUUUCCUUGUUCAAAAGACUAUUUCGUGUGCACCCUGAAGAUGCUAAAAGUAGUCUGGUCAAUGAAAACAGCAAUAAUGGUGGUUUAUUUGAAAGUAGUCCAGGUACAGAGAAUUUUUUCCGUAAAUUGUUCAGAGACCGUGACCGUUCAAUUGAAGAUUCAGAGCUAUUGGGUUCAAAAAGACAGAAAGAGAAGCAUCCUGGAUCCCCAAAGCAGCAAAGUGAAAAAUUGAGCACAAAGCCACCAUUACCAAUUAGUUUGUCGCAGUUCCGGAAAGGGGCUUACCAUGAUUCAAUGGAGUUUGUGCAGUCAUUAUGUGAUACAUCAUAUGGGUUAGUGGAUGUAUUUCCCAUUGAAGAUCGCAAAAGUGCUCUUCGUGAGGCACUUGUAGAAAUCAAUUUACAUGUAGCAGAGGUUCAGAACACUGGAGGAGUUUGUUUUCCAUUGGGAAAGGGCAUGUAUCGUGUGCUUAAUAUACCUGAAGAUGAAGCUGUUCUCUUGAAUUCUAGGGAGAAGGCACCUUACCUGAUCUGUGUAGAAGUUUUGAGAUGUGAAAUGCCAAGUAAUUCCAAGGAGGCAUCCAGUUCUCAGAAACUUUCUCAAGGGGGAAUUCCUUUGGCAAAUGGAGAUGCACUCUUGCAAAAACCACCCCCUUGGGCUUAUCCAUUACGGACAGCACAAGAGGUGUACCGCAAUAGCAACGAUAGGAUGUCCAGUUCAACUGCUCAUGCAAUUGACCAGGCAAUGACUCAUGUGUCUGAGGCAAAAAUCAAAUUUGUUAGUGUGAAUUUUUCUGUGGAAAUGCAGUUAAAUGGUCAGCCAGAGGAGAUUGAAGUGGCCGAUCUACAUGGUGGCAGUCAGCGUUCUGCUUCAGUUCAUAGAGAGUGUGUGUAUGAUGCAGCCGCAGCAGGACGUGGCAGUGAUUUGGAAUGGGUACGAGUAGUGUUGUCAGCUGAUCCUGGGGCUAGAUUGGAAGAUAUUGAGGAUCAAGCACCACCUCGGAGGAAGGAACAUCGCCGUGUUCCAAGUACUGUGGCAAUAGAGGAAGUAAAGGCUGCGGCAGCUAAAGGGGAAGCACCUCUUGGACUCCCUUUGAAAGGUGCUGGUCAAGAUUCUUCCGAUGCACAACCAAGGGUUAAUGGACUUAAUCCCAAAGCUAGCGAUGCCUUGUCUGGUGAACUUUGGGAGGCAAAGAAGGAUAGGAUAUGCAAGGCUUCCAUAUAUGGAAAGUUACAUGGUUGGGACUUGCGAUCUGUUAUUGUAAAGAGUGGUGAUGAUUGCAGGCAGGAGCAUCUGGCUGUUCAACUUAUUUCUCACUUCUAUGAUAUUUUCCAAGAAGCUGGUCUACCCCUUUGGCUCCGCCCAUAUGAAGUUUUGUGUACUUCGUCUUACACAGCUCUUAUUGAAACAAUUCCAGAUACGGCUUCUCUACACUCCAUCAAAAGUAGAUAUCCCAACAUCUCAAGUUUACGUGAAUUCUUCAAUGCUAAGUAUCAAGAAAAUUCUCCCAGUUUUAAACUUGCCCAGAGAAACUUUGUUGAAAGUAUGGCAGGAUAUUCCCUGGUGUGCUACUUUCUGCAGGUGAAGGAUAGGCAUAAUGGAAACCUCCUAUUGGAUGAAGAAGGUCAUAUCAUACAUAUCGAUUUUGGCUUCAUGCUUUCCAAUUCACCUGGUGGUGUUAACUUUGAAAGUGCACCUUUCAAAUUAACACGUGAACUUCUUGAGGUUAUGGAUUCUGAUGCUGAGGGUGUUCCGAGCGAGUUCUUUGAUUAUUUUAAGGUUUUAUGCAUUCAAGGCUUCCUUACUUGCCGCAAGCAUGCUGAGCGCAUCAUUCUUCUUGUUGAGAUGUUGCAGGGAAUACUCUCUCCUAUUCAUGUUGGAUUUCCUCUGAAUUUCUCUCUUUUUUUGGGUGAUGCUGGUAUCAGGAUUCAGGUUUCCCAUGCUUUAAAGGUGGUGCUCGGACGAUACAGAACCUACGAAAGCGAUUCCAUCUCAGUUUAACUGAAGAGCAAUGUGUCUCCUUGGUGCUUUCACUCAUUAGCAGUAGCCUGGAUGCUUGGAGGACACGGCAGUAUGAUUAUUAUCAGAGGGUUUUGAAUGGAAUAUUAUGAGAUAGUUUGUCAUGGUGAUCACUUGCUUUUCUACUUUGGCCAACCCUUGUACAGUGAAUGCUCGUCAAUUCAAUUAGUAUUUUACAUUUUUAAGUCACUAAAAGGGAAGGUUGGUUCACUGUGGUUCGGCUUUAAAGUUUUUAACAGAGGGAAGAAUUAAUAGGUGGGGCCGUGCAGCCUCUUUUUCUCCCAGGAAAAUCCUAACUGGCCUUAAAACUUGUACAGUGUACUGGGCUAUGUUUAUUGGAGCUGGGUCUUUUUUUUUAUUUCAUUUCCCUCGUAUCAUAUCAUACGAAUGAAGCUCUGCUGCUUGGAGAAGUUGCUUUAGCCUCCUAAAUGCAGAGAGAUAGUGCAGAGUGUACAGUGAUUUGAGCGGGACAGACCACAUAUAAAAUGGGCGUUGAAAUGGUUGCUUGGUAAACUGAUUGAUUGUCUUGGGAGUGUGUUCAAACUUCAGUGUUGGGAAGGAAAUGAUGGACAGGCCUAAGUGUUAGCCAACUCUGGUGUAAUUUUUAUUGAUCUCAUUCACAUAUGUUCAAUGGUGUCUGUCUUUUCAGAGUUGGAUUGCUUGACCCUGGAAAAUUGUGAUCCAGAUUCUUAAAUGAUGUUUGAUUGUAUUAUGUCCUGGUUAAUUUCACGUGAAAUUUGUCUCACCUUCGUAUCAAUCGUAUAAAAUGUUUCAGGUUUGGUGGCGUUGUA